AUGAUGCUGACCUGUAAGACAUUAUAUGCCGAAUGUUCCUCAUCAAUCUACAAGUCUACCGAAUUCACCAUCACCGACAUCAACCUAGCACGGAACCUCUUCGGUGUCCGAUGGAAGACGCCCAUCAGUCACCCACUCCGGCGCAUCAACUUCUCUUUCAGGCGCCAGGCAAACCAAGGGAGCACGUUCGAGCAGUGGGUAGAAUCAUGGAGCGCUAUCCUGCGGCUCCUCGACACUCCACAGCUGAUGACUGUCAAUCUCUGGCUGGACAGUGACAUCUACUACGAACGAUACUGGUUAUCCGUGACCGGCAACGUCCUCUGGCGGGUCCCGGAAGCGCUGGCCCACAAAGUCGCCGUCAGCCUUCCGCCGGACGGGCAUGGCGACCGCAUUGCGGGGGCCGCGUGGCUGACGGGCCUAGACGAGGUGCCGUGGGCGGCCUCUAACACUGGCGUGCGCUCGCUGAGGCGCGAGGGAGGCGAAGUUGUUAAUCCUGAGGUGAGACGGGCGCGGUCUUGA